AUUAGUGGAGGUUUUGGUAAAGUUGUGCUGGGAACAGGAAUGCCAGAUGAGCUUAUCUUCAGGCUUCAGCAGUACUGGUGGUGAGCUAAGUAUGUCUAUCCUUGUGCUUUGUGGUGGUGAAUAUUGGUACCUGUGUUGGCAGUUCCAAGCAGGCUGAUUCUUGGGCUUCUUACUGGCUCUCUUAGAUGCUGGUUGUGAUAGCAGUGUACCAAGCAUGUGAGUGCAUCCUUGAAUCCCUGGGCUGCUGGUGUGGCAGCCGUGAUGGUGAUGAGGCAGUGAUGCCAUACUCUUCUGGGUCUAGUGGCUGGCCUACAGAGCCCACUGCAACCACUCUUUGGCUAACUACAUAAUCAUCAUUAAUAGUUUCAGUAAUAGCCAUUUCACAAGAGUUAUUCAGAGACAAUUUCAACUCACUGUGCAGAUACUGUUGAUACAAUUUCAGGUGAAAUGAUAAAUCACUUUCCAGUAAGUAGAUGAGAUCAUGCAUUCCCAAACCUUUAUCUCAAGGGUUUGACUGGUAGAAGGCCACACACUAUCCUGGCAGAUAAUGAUACAUAAGUCGCUUUUCCUUUUCAGUUAGGUUUCAGUUUCUUAAGUGGAAAAUAUCUCAGAUAUGAAGUAAUAAGUAUCAUGUGAAUAAAGUGUUGCUGGGUAGGCUGAAAGACAAUCACUGAUUAUUCAGAAAGGAAAGAUAUUUCUCCUCAAACUCCCCAUCAUGCCACGUUUGGGUCUUUUCUUGUCUCAGUAGAACAUAUUGAAGAUCACAAAACGGUCUCCAGAGCUUCGGUCUGUGUGUAUUUGCCAAGCACAAAAGAGCUGAUCGCUAUGCGUGGAAGACCAGUUCAUUACGGAUGCCCGUGUUCCUUCGGGUGUUCGUCCUUUGGGAACUUGAUGUGGUUUACAGAAUCUGAAAGGACAGGUCUCUGAAACAUUUCUCUGACAUUUCUAGACUGUCUUCCGGGAAAAUCUGGAUACUUGCCGUUCAAAUGCCAGUGAAGCCCCUCCACUUCCUUGGAGCCCCGGAACUGCAUUUCUCAACGCCUCUGGAGGACCCUCCUGGCUUUCAAACAGAAGGCUAAUUACUUAGGUUCAGAGGCGGGGCAGGCAGCAGCCUGGUAACUACAUGACCCAGAAGACACUGCGGCGGACACAAGCAGCGAGUAUAGCCAAUGAAGUCACAGCGGAGAGACGUCUCCAUGGGUUCUCAAUGCGUGAGGGCGGGACUUCCUGCAACGCCCCCGUGCGGACAUAAAUAUGGUUGCGUUGGGACCCGUUCACCCUUUUCGGCUGAGUGGAGCCUGUCGUGAAAGAGCGAAAAGACGCCAGAAAAGGUUCCCCCGUUGUACAGAGACUAGAGUGAGGCUCGGCUGAAUCGGUUGCGGGCGCCUGUGGCGUCCGUCAGCUCCCAGGUCGCCGCCGCUCCCUCCCCGCUCCUCCCUGGCUGUGCUGGGGGAGGCCGAGCGGAUGAACCUGAUUGAGGGUUCAUAGCAGUGGCAGCAAUGUUUAUGGAUGCUGGACAGGAUUGUAUGGUUUUUGAGGACGUGGCCAUACAUUUCUCCCAGGAGGAGUGGGGGAUUCUUAAUGACGUUCAGAGACACCUGCACAGCGAUGUGAUGCUGGAGAACUUUGCACUUUUGUCAUCAGUAGGUUGUUGGCAUGGAGCCAGGGAUGAGGAGGCACCUUCCAAGCAAUAUGUUUCUGUGGGAGUGUCACAGGUCACAACUCUAAAGCCAGCGUUGUCCACCCAGAAGGCCCAGUCCUGUGAGACAUGUAGCUCACUUCUGAAGGACAUUCUACACCUGGCUGAGCAUGACGGAACACACCUCAAGCAAGGGCUGUACAGGUGUGCAGCCAAGCUUUACCUGCACCAAAAGGAGCAUCUUAGAGAGAAGCUCACCAGUAGUGAUGAAGAGAGGCCUUCAUUUGUGAAUGAUGGUGUUCAUGUGGCAGAGAGGAACUUCACAUGCAUGCAGGGUGGCAAGGAUUUUACUGCUGAUUCAGAUCUUCAACAACAGGCUCUUCACAAUGGGUGGAAGCCACACAGGGACACUCAUGGUGUGGAGGCCUUUGAAAGUGGACAGAAUGAUUACAGCUGCAGCCAAUGUAGGAAAGACUUUUGCCACCAACAUAUGCUGUUUGAGCACCAGAAAAUCCAUACAGAGGAAAGGCCUUAUGAGUGCAGUGAAUGUGGCAAAUUGUUUAGGUACAACUCAGACCUUAAUAAACAUCAGCGAACUCAUAGUGGAGAAAGGCCUUAUAAGUGUAGUGAAUGUGGAAAAGCCUUCAGACUCAAGUAUAACGUUGUUCAACACCAGAAAAUUCACAUAAGGCCUGUAGAAAGGCCUUAUGAGUGCAGUGAAUGUGGGAAAGCCUUCCUUAAAAAGUCUCACCUACUUCAGCACCAGAGGAUUCACACCAGGCCAAGGCCUUAUGGGUGUAGUGAAUGUGGGAAGGCUUUCUUUACACGGGCUCACCUUGUUUGUCACCAGCAAAUUCAUACUGGAGAACGACCUUAUGGAUGCAAUGAAUGUGGAAAAUUUUUCAUGUACAAUUCUGCACUCAUUAGACAUCAGAAGGUUCACACUGGAGAAAGGCCUUUUUAUUGUUGUGAAUGUGGGAAAUUCUUUUUGGACCGCUGCACACUCAUUGUUCACCAGAGAGUUCACACUGGAGAAAAGCCUUACGAAUGCAACGAAUGUGGGAAAUUCUUUAGAUACCGUUCCACACUCAUUAGACAUCAGAAAGUUCACACUGGAGAGAAGCCUUAUGAGUGUAGUGAAUGUGGGAAAUUUUUUAUGGACAUUUCCACACUCAUUAUUCAUCAGAGAGUUCACACUAGAGAAAAGCCUUAUGAAUGCAGUGAAUGUGGGAAGUGCUUUAGGUACUGCUUUACACGGAAUAGACAUCAGAGAAUUCACUCUGGAGAGAGGCGUUACGAAUGCAGUGAAUGUGGCAAAUUCUUUGUGGACAGCUGUUCACUGAAGAGUCAUCAGAGAAUUCACACUGGAGAAAAACCUUUCGAAUGCAGCAUUUGUGGAAAAUCCUUCAGGUGUCGCUCCACACUUGAUGCACAUCAGAGAAUUCACACUGGUGAAAGGCCUUACGAGUGUAGUGAAUGUGGAAAAUUAUUUAGGCAUAACUCAAAUCAUCUUAGACACUGGAAAAAUCACUUUGGAAAAAGGUCUUUUGAGUGCACUGAAUGUGGAAGAGUUUUUAGCCAAAAUUCCCACCUCAUUCGGCACCAAAAAGUUCACACUAGGGAAAGAACUUAUAAAUGCAGCAAAUGUGGGAGAUUUUUUAUGGACAGUUUCACACUCGUUAGUCAUCAGAGAGUUCAUACAGGAGAAAAGCCUUACGAGUGCAGUGAAUGUGGGAAAGUCUUUAAAUACAACUCUAGCCUCAUUAAACAUCGGAGAGUUCACCCUGGAGAGAGACCUUAUCAUUGCAGUGAAUGUGGAAGAGGCUUUAACCAAAAUUCUCACCUCAUUCAGCACCAGAAAGUUCAUACCAGAUAACGAAUGUAUGUAAUAUAUAAAGCAGAUAUGGAAAGACUUCACACAGAAAUCUGCUCUGAUUUAGCCCUGGGACCUACGUGUUUUAAAAAAGUAUUCUUGGCUGGGCGCGGUGCCUCACGCCUGUAAUCCCAGCACUUUGCGGGGCCAAGGCAGAUGGAUCA